CCAGAUCAGCAGCUGCUGCAUCACAUUCCUCCAGGAACGAUGAUGAAUCCGCCGCGUGCUCAUUUCCCAGCAGCGGUAGCGGCAGGUGGGCCUGACCGUCCCGGGCUGGAGGCAGCGGGGCACGGGACACACGCGCGAGCUCUGGCCGCGGCAUUUUCCACGCGCCCUCUUUGCUGGGGGGCGAGUUUGCGCCACACGAGCGGAAGAGCGCAGCUAUUUUGAAAGUGACCCUUCAUUCGGACAGCAGCUCUGCAGCUGUCAGGAACCAUGACUGAAGAUGACGGAUUCUGUUAUCGUGGAAGGAUACGCCAGACUCCGAGACGCGAAAAAGUGGAGAACUAGGUGGCUCGUACUUCGAAAACCGUCGCCUGUUGCAGAUUGCUUGUUGUUGAUGGUUUUCAAAGACAAAUCGGACAGAGUUCAGGGCGGCAAAGAGAGAGCGACUGUCACUUUGGAGGAGAUCUGCGGCCUGGAGGUUGGGCAGUGCUACGAGGGCGUGGCGUUCACUUUGGCCAUCCUUUGCCUGACUCAGACCACUCUGCUGGGGUUCGACAGCAGGGAGGCCCUUCAGGCGUGGGACAUCCGACUGCGGUACAGCCUUGGAGAAGUCCAUAGGUUCAGUGUUGGAAUCUUACCAGGGACUAAGUUGGAAAGCGGUCCUGCUACUCUUCACCUGUGCAACAACCUGCUGGCCGUCGCUCGGGACAUCCCUCCGGUCAUAUCUGCGUACUGGAAUCUGCCGGACCUGCGCAGAUACGGACCAGUACCGAAUGGAUUCGUGUUUGAAGGAGGGACAAGAUGCGGUUACUGGGCUGGUGUUUUUCUGCUGGCAUCCGCGGAGGGCGAGCAGAUCAGCUUCCUGUUCGACUGCAUCGUCAGAGGCAUCUCUCCCACCAGAGGCCCAUUCGGACUGCGCCCCAUCUUGCCAGAACUUGGUUCCAGUCAGACGAGUUCAGAGGAGAGGCUGAGUCUGGAGGCCCAGGAGCUGGAGAGGCGGCUGAGCAUGCUGUCCCAUGGGAGCACCACAGCAGUCUCGUCUGCCGGAGGAGAUGACCGCAGCAUCUCGGGCUCUUCUGACACCUCAGAUAACAGCCAGUCAGACUGCAGCGUUGGCAGCCGGCUGGCGAUCUGGAGCGAGCCCCCGUCCAACCCACCUGGAAAUGUCAGCCACCUGAGCAACAGAGCGGCGCCACCGAUAACCGAGAAGCUCCCCGCCGCCCACGGAGGCGGCGCACGCCCCGCAGCCAAGUCCCAGCGGCAGCUCCAGGAGAUCGGCCGUCAGAGUUCCUCUGACAGCGGAAUCGCAACCGGAAGCCACUCCUCAUACACAGGGAGUUUCUCCUCAUACACAGGCAGUCUGGAUAUCAACUCUGGAGAGGACUUUGGGUCUGUAUUCAGCUUGCCCCCCCACAUAGCUCAAGAUCUGUGUCGAUGCAGCUGCCCUGGCGCUCCGGGACACAGGUACCAGGUACCGACCUCGCUGCAGUGUCUUUACGACAAUCCGAGGAAUCUUUUACAGGAAAGCAUCGAUAAAGAGCCCUCCACCUCUACCAGAGACACGACACAGUCAGCAAAAAGAGAUGAAACAACCUCUGAGCAUCACUCAGAGACUUCUGAGACACUAUCAGUCAGUGAACACUGUCAGGGCCUCACAGAGGAGGAGGAGAGCACCAAGUUAGCGCCCUCUAGUGACUCCCUUCAUUCCUGUGCCUCUCACCCAUCCGACCCCAAAACCGUUGUGAUCAUCUGCUCGGUGUGUGGUGGAUUCAAGAUGGCCCCACAGUCAAGUUCUUCCUCAGUGCCAGUCCUACCAGUGAUGGGAAGUCAUCAGAAGUCAUGGGCCUAUCCUGGCUCUGGAAGCGUCCGCAGCCGAGAGCUGCCAAACUCCAGAAUGAGUGGGGAGUCGCCGCUGCCAAAGAAAGCUGGGAGAUUAGUCAGUCUUUUAUCGGGUUUGCUCAGCUUUCCAAGAGCGGACAAGCCUCCCGAGGCAAAGGUGCACAGAUUGAACCCAUAUGAGUCAAUGAGCCCCGCUUUGGGAAAUCAGCUUCAUUUGGCAGCAUUACAGCAGGAAUCGAGGCGAGAAAAACGAGCGGCCAUUUAUGAAAACUGCUUCAAGUGUCGGGUAGCGCCCUGCCACCCUUCACCACGCGCUCUGCCUGCUAAAAUGUAUGGCGAUAGAGACUUUUGGGCUUCACAGACACUCCCAAAUGGGUCGAAUGGGAGGAAAAGCCAAGAAGAGGACAGUGUUGAAGACGAGGAGCCGCUCCAUGAGGUUCCCACAGGUGUAGGGGGGCAGCACAGGUGUGAGGAGAAGAGUCAAGCGGCGACCAGUGACAACAAAAAGCUUAAUGGCAAAGAGCAAAGACGCAGAACUGAUCCUGCUUAUGAGAUCAUGGAAAGCCGCAUGCCAGAAAAAAGCUCAGAGGCAGAAGAGAAAAGCAAGUACGAGCUAAUGGGCAGCUAUAGCCACAAGAGGUUUCUCCAAGAGGCUGACGAGGCAGUCUUUGUUUUCUCCCCGGAGGCUCCGUUUCCUGAGAGAGUUCAGAGUGAAGGUGUAACGUAUGUAAAUAUUCCUGUCAGUCCCACGUCCAAGAAGCAGCUGAACUACAUGGAGCUGGAGCUGCAGGAGCCGGGGCACGGAGGGAGAGGGGCAGCCGGGCAUCUUCCAGUUCAGAGAAAGGGCUCCACCAAGUACGCCCAGAUAGACAUCACCGCCACUGAAACGGCCCACAAAGUGGGAGCCCAGCACGCCCUGGGACGCCAGGAAGGCCUGCACACUCUGGAGCUCCGGCGAAAAGGGACGCCGCACUGACACAGACGGAACGUCAAUUUGGUGGAACAGUUUUGAUCAUUGGGGCAGGCUGAAGAGAUUGUCGGAGUAUUUCAGUUUGUUUUUUCUUUGUGAACUCAGAGAUGCCAUUAAAUGACAUUAAGUCAAGCAGAGGAUGAUGGACCAUCGCUGAGCUGAGUGACUAAGAACAAUGACGAGUCAUGUUCUCUGACCUUCCGUCUUUGCACGCAAUAUGUAGAUUUUUUUCUUUUUUUUGUAAUUAUGUUGAAACUUUAUAUUCCUGAGUGACCGGGUAAUUCCACAUGUAGGUGCACCAAAGUUUUCAUGAAUUUGUUAAAGUCUGCCUGCAGAAACGUGUUUAUAGUGAAGAAAGGACAUAAUUGUUUGGCGUCAAAGCACAAACAGGGAUGGCUCUGAAUUAUUCAGGCCGCCAUGCCGACCUUUGACGACAACAAACGGUCAGGAAGUGAAUCUCAGUUUCUGGAGAAGAAGAUUUUACUUUUGGAAAGUAUUUAUGAAGAUACAAAGCUGGGAAAGGGUCGGAAGUUUUGUAGUCGAAAUAUCAGUUACUUUUUCUCCUAUUUUACGUUUGAUUGAUGUCAUUUAACCUCAAACUGUGUUGGUUUGUGCUCUAAUUUGCUAAUUUUGUAUUUCAGAUUCUGUUAUAAAAUUCACAAUAUAUAGUAUAUAUAUAUAUAUAUAUAUAUAUGGUUGCACACAUUUAAGUAAAAACUGUUUAUUUACUUUGAUUUAUUUCAAGUUUUCACGUCAGUUGACAAUCAGGAAGAAGAUCGGUGCAGAGAUGACUAGUAUUUCAUUAAAGACAAAGAAAUCCAAAGGGAUUUAUUUAGUAUAUGUUGGAUAUUUAAAUUAUGUGGCAUAUUUUGUUAAUUCUUUCUUUUUUUUUUUCAUUUUUAGUUACAGAUGAAUUGGUUAAAAUAUUUUAGUUACUUGUCCAUAGAUAUAAAGAGUUGCAGUGUAGCUGUUUCAAAUAUAGUUGCCAAAAACAUUUAUGUUUGUUAUCAAAAUAGUGUAAAUUCAGAUUUAAAUUAAUGGUAUGUGUUGUGUAUGUUUUUUGCAGGAGCUGUCUGUAUAUAUGUUUGUAAGUAUUUACCAGUUUUAGGAAUAAAACUAAGAAAACGGUUUAGACUUUUCCAUUUUUUUCAGGUUUGAAGGAAAAUUACACAUUGUCACUCCCAACGCGCCCUUUCCGCGCCACUUUUUGGCGUUUUGUGUGUCCCCAAUUCUUUUGAUGUGCUGGCUGUUCCCAUUAAAUCGUGGGACGUGGUAGCAGAUGGGAUAACGGACACGGAACCAGUACCGGGUUGGGGUACGAAAAAUUACGAAAACAGAUAAAGCAUCAGGUUUGUUUCAUAGAAAAGCAACAAAAAGCGAUCUUUAUAACGGUCGCCUUACAACCUUCUCAAGAAACAGGCCACAAAGAUAAAUGGGUAAAGUGGCAGGUGGGAUUUUUAAAGGGAAAUAAAGUAGAAAAAAUAAUUUUGAUGUAAGCCAUCAACCUUUUUUAGCACAAAUUUACUGCACCCAGACUGUUUUCUUAAUAUCUAUGAUAUGUUAACAGAAGUACAUUUGACACAAGCUAGGCUACAGUUAGUCAUAAAGAUUUCAACCCUCUUUUCUUUUGAAAGAAAAUGUUAAAAAAAGCUAUUACAAUUAAGUAAAAGAAAAAAAAA